AUGACUCAUUGUGGUGAAUGUAGUUUUUGUUGAAUCAACAACUCCGCGUCUCGUCUAUGGUAAUGACGCGCCAGUUUGGCCCCGCCCACAAGUCUUAAAACUUCGGUCUGCUCUGUCCGGGUCACAUCGGACACAACACAGAGUCAUGGAUCAGCAGCACAGUUACAGUGACGUCCAGACGCCUGCGGCGGACAGUCUGGAGUUCAAACUCCUGAUGGCAUACACCCGCAAGAGACGACCCACAGACACCCGUCUGCCGCAGGACGUCCCAUCUUCACCACAGCUGCCAGAAGUACACGGCAAACCAAAGAAAAAUAAAAGCAAGAAGAGACUGUUGUCUCUCUUAAAGUGUAUUAAACCACAGACGGAUGAUGUACGUAUACAAGAGCCAGCAACAUUUGUCAUUUCAGGCAAAGGGAAAGCAGAGAAGAUGGAGAACAUGGUCGGUGAGCUCACAGAGAUCUCAGAUUCGGUGCACUUCACUCCCUGUGGACUAGAAGCGGACGGUCCAGAAGACGAGGAGUCUGAUCUUGCGAGAAAGCUGGCUGAGCUCCUUCGAGAUCAAGGUGAUGAACUGAAUGAAAAGAUUAAGGCAGACAAGGUCUUACUUCAAACCCUGCAGUCCUCGCUCUCAUACGGCUUCUUCAUGAAAGUGAUAGAAGCUUUCUGUGGAAGUGUCUCUCCAGACGUGCCUCCAGAACAGAAAGACAAGAAAAUCAAUGUGGCUCUGGUCUGUGAAGCCACCAGUCAACUUGUUGGCAUCCAUUAUCAUCCAGUGACCUACGUGAUGGGCUUAGGUGCCCGGUACCUACAGGAAAAAUACUCCACGUGGAUAAACAGAAACAUGGAUGUAGGCAAUGGAGAAGUUGAUGAUGAAUCCAAAGAGGAGAGCGCAGAUGAAUGAGCAGAUGAUAUUCUCUCCUUACAUUACAACAGCUUUCUCAAGAGCACAGGCACUUUAUAAACCUGAAAAAGUGGUUUUGUUCGGUGAACCAGCUAGGAUGACGUGUUUUUGUUCACAUUACAUCCUCAUAGCAUUCAAGAGAAUAAAAAAGAGGACUUACCAUACGGAUGAUGCCUCAAAACGUGCUUUGAAAACCAGCGUUAUGCAUGUUUACAUGUUUAACGCCACUAUUUUUGUAAUUUAAUGUAGCAUCCAAAUGCUUAUUGUUAUUUGCCCUUAUGUUAAAACUGUACUUGUUUUGAAAUUAACAUAUUUAUUUUGGUAUCCUUGAACAUUAAAGUGAUUAAGAGAAU